AUGUCUGGAUUCCUUGUGCCCUUUGCAAGUUUCUCAAUUGAGGCUGGUGUGGACAAUGCGACGACAAUGUGGGUGGAGGAUCGGAGGAUGAUAGAUUCAAUGAGACAUUCGAUUGAAUCAACUGUUACAUUAAUUACGAUAGAAACACGCGCUAACGGCAUAGCCAGAAAACCGACACAGCAGCCAGCACCUCCUCGUACAGCUGGCCAUAGAGCAGCGCCAGUCAACUUUCGUGAAGAUGCCGGUUCUGGAGAAGAAUUCGACUUCACUCCUUUGGACGAACAUUCUGCCGAUGAAGAUAACUCUAUGGCGAAUGGGAUAGACUUGCGCCAGGGUGCAGGUAGCUUCUCAGUGUCCACCUUAAAUAACCCAUUGCGCAACCACCUCCUAAGCCGCCACAAGGAUAUUUAUCUCCAGAAGUGUCGUGAAAUGAGAUGGAAAGUCCCUGCACUCGCAAGCGAAACUGGAACAGCCCCUGCGCCCCCUGGACAUGAAACACAAUGUCUGCCAUUUUCCCAGGAGGCAUUGAUACAGCAUCUUCUCAAUUUCAUCGUUGCAGAUGAUCAGGGAGGCCAUUGGACUCUCGAUAACUGCUUGCUCAACGAUGCUUCCUCAGAGAACUCGAGUUACUUUUACGCCCUCGCGACAUUGAAUGAUACAGGGGGAUUCGUCGCAUCCGCAUCAGGCCCUCCAAGCGAUCCCGAUAAUCAGAGCUACGAAGAAGCAAUUGCUCGCGACCCAAUUGCAUUGUGCCGGAGUACCGUACAAGCAGUACGCGCCUCAGGUCAACGACAUGACCAUCUGGCAGAAGUAAUAGAGGAUGGAAACAAGAAAGGGUGGUUCAAGUCAACCGGGGAUCUGACCAUGACUAUACAGGUUAAGCAGGCACAACUUAUACGUGACAUGAAGGCCGUCGAGUAUUUUCUUUCUUUGCCCGUCAAUAGAGAGCUUGCGAAACUUAGACUUACUGAUAUGGAAUGGACUGUACUCCAGGAUUUUGAGAUCGUACUGGGUGUACCCCAUCAAGUGCAGAAAAUCAUGUCGAAAGAGCGCACUCCCGUUUUAUCAGGCGCAAUUCCCGCGUUCAAAAUGUUCAUGACGGCAUGGGAGCAACUUGGGAGAGAACACCCCCACUUGGCCCGAUGGAUGGAUAUCGGUAUCGACUGGGCGACAACUUACUACAAGAAAAUGGAUGAUUCGCCUGCCUACAUUAUUGCGAUGUUGUCUCAGUUUGUUACGGUGACAAUGCGAAAAUACCAUGACCGUCUUCAUGGACAAGUUCAACAACCUACACCUGGUACAGCGGCCUUGCAGCAACAGAGGCAAAGCUGGCAUGACUUAGCUGGACAAUACGGGCUCGAAGAUAUGAUGGAUGUUUCGGGUGCUUCUUCGCAGCAGGUCCAAGGAGUUGAAGAACAGUUUGAGUCGUACGAAAAUGGGCCGCUCUCACCGCGUGGCACAGAUAUUGUAGCGUUUUGGGCGAUAGGCGAUAAAACUCAUCCAAUAUUAUAUGCGAUGGCAUUAGAUUAUUUACCCAUUCAAGCAUCCUCGGUUCCUUCCGAGCGCGUUUUUUCAUCCAGUGCUGAAACUGAUACAAAGAGGCGAAAUCGAAUCCACCCUGUUCUAAUGGAGGCGCUUCAAAUGUUAAAAUUUUUGCUCAAGCAGCAACGGCUAAACUUUACGGAGGGAUGGGCUGUCACAGAAGACGAACUCGAGUACUACGCAGAUGACGACGAAGAUGCAGUGGAUUUGUUAGGGAAGCUAACUUCAGAAAUUAUGGAGGAUGGUAUAGAUAUUGAUGAGGUAAUUCACGUUGUUGGACAGGAUGACGAGGAUUGA